AUGCCAUUUGAUACAACUUCUUAUUCAUCAUCUGAUUCGAUUUCCUCUGAUUCAGAGUGUGAAAGUGAUUCAAUUGAAUUUGGAAACUACUUGGCCAUUGAAGCAACAACAAUUCAACAUCAUUUAUCUAGAAACAAAAAAUAUGAAAAAUGGAUGCUUCCAAUAUUGGAUGCAAGAGAAGUAAUGAUGAAUCAACAAAAUUUUGAAUGGUCGACAUUAUUAAAAUUAAGAUUUCUUAAUGAUCUUGAGAAUUUUAUUAAAAAGUUACCACAUGACAAAGAAUAUAGAAAAACAUUGAAACAUUCAGAAGCAAAAGCAUGCACUAUAAUACAACAAAAAUUAAAACAAAUGGUUGAAUCAUGGAAUUCAAUAAUACAAGAACAUAAUCAAAUCAAACCACCAAUUCCAAUUACAUCUAAAAAUCAAUAUAUUGUAGAUGAAAUAGAAAAAUUCUUAAUGAUUUCACCACAUAAUCAUAUCUCAUUCAGGGGAUUAAAUCUUACAAAAUAUCCACAACAUAUGAAAAAAUUAAAUAUUGUUUUAAAAUAUUAUUAUUCCUUCUCACCAAUUAUUAUGGAUAAAAAUUUAUCUGUUCAUUCUUUAACCAUUUUGGAUUUAUCUAGAAAUAAGUUAAAAGUUUUUGCUCAUGAAAUCUUAUUUUUUAGGAAUUUAAAAGUUUUACGACUUGCCAAUAAUUUAUUUCAAUAUUUUCCGCCAUAUAUUACAAGGUUAAAUUCAUUUACAGUCUUACUUGGAAUUAAAUUUAAUCCAUUAAGAAAAUCAAAUGUUUCUAAAAUCAAUUCAGAGUAUAAAAUAUCAUCAUUAUCACCACCACUAAAUAAUAAUGAUGGCAAUAGUGAAGGGAAUUGUGAAAAAACAACAACAACAAAAAUACCCUCAUUAUGUGAUUUAUGUGCUAAAAAAAUCAUUCAAAAAAAAUUCACUACUGACAUAUUUAUUUCAGAUUUUAUAAUAGAUUAUAUUCAAGAUGGGUAUUUGUGUGAAUGUUGUAGAAUGUUUAUAUCAACUUCCUCGCCAUUGUAUUUGCCAAAAAUUAUAGAAUAUAUGAACUAUUUAUGGAACUUGGAAAAAAAUGAUGAUGAUGAUUUACAAAGAUUUAACAAAAAUGGUUAUAAUAGUUAUAAUAAUGUGAUUGUUGAUUCAGAAAAAUCAACUAAUGUACCAUUGCUUAGAAGAUUUUGCACUGACAACGAAUAUGAAAAUAAUGACGAGGAAGUUGUAGUUGAUAGUGGUAGUAGUAAAGAGAGUAAGAUGCCUUCAGCAAUUUUGCUUUAUCUUUGUCAAGGGUUGGUUGCGCCCCCCGGCGCUCCCGGUAGUCCGUUAUGUUCAGGAGGUUGCGUCCUCAAUUAUGAAAAAUGUCUCGAAGGCACUGGAUGUUGUACUAUUGCUUCUAGUUGUAGCGGUAUCACCAAUUGCGAUUUGGAUACAUGCCUGUCUAAAACUACGAUUCCCUGCAAUUUCAACGCUCCGGGUUUCGAGUGCUGUGCUGAUACCGAGAAAUGUUGCGGUAUCCUAUACAUUUGUCAAAAUGGAGAAGGUACCCAAGUUGAAAAAUCUGCCUCAAUAAGAGAAUUGGAAAAUUUGGACAAUUGGUACAUCUGUGAUGGAGUAAAACCACGUCAUGCAAGUGCAAGUUCAGUUCUAAUUUCUUCCUCUUCCUCUAAGGAGAGUACCAGAAAUGAAUUUAUGAAAUGGAAUGAUGACGAUAGGAAAGAUUUGCCAAGCUUACCCUAA